GUCCCGUCCCAUCAGUCCUGACCUGUUCCACCGUGGCCGCGGGACUCAACGCUGUCCUCGCCAGCACCGCCGCCAGACAUGAACGUGACGAUGGAUGGUCCUCGUUCAGACGUGGGCCGCUGGGGCGGGAACCCCUGGCAGCCCCCCACCACGCCUUCUCCAGAGCCGGAGUCCGACAGACGGUCUCGCGGAGGGGGCCGUUCCUUCUGGGCUCGCUGCUGUGGCUGCUGCUCCUGCAGGAGGGGGACAGAUGAUGACUCGGGGCCUGAGCCCCACGGAGACCGAGGCUCUGGCUCCAGGGGUCGAGGGUCAAGCUCUGCACGCCGAAGACCUAACUCCCGGGGCUCAGACUCCCGCCCGCCUGUCUCCCGGGGCAGUGGUGUGAAUGCAGCUGGAGACGGCACAAUCCGAGAGGGCAUGCUGGCGGUGACUGGUGUGGAUCUGCUGAGUUCACGCUCGGGCGAGAACCGCCGAGAGCAUCACACAGAUGAGUAUGAGUACGACGAAUUGAUCUUGCGCCGUGGGCAGGCUUUCCACAUGGUGCUCUUCCUGUCUCGGCCCUAUGAGUCCUCUGAUAGUAUCACCCUGGAACUGCACAUAGGAAACAACCCCGAGGUGGGCAAGGGCACCCACGUGAUCAUCCCAGUGGGCAAGGGGGGCAGUGGAGGCUGGAAGGCCCAGGUGACCAAGUCCAGUGGGCAGAACCUGAACUUGCGAGUCCACACCUCCCCCAAUGCCAUCAUCGGCAAGUUUCAGUUCACGGUCCGUACACACUCAGAGGCUGGCGAGUUCCUGUUGCCCUUUGACGCCCACAAUGAGAUCUACAUCCUCUUCAAUCCCUGGUGCCCAGAGGACAUCGUAUAUGUGGAGCAUGAGGAUUGGCGGCAGGAGUACGUGCUUAAUGAGUCUGGGAGAAUUUACUACGGGACUGAAGCACAGAUUGGCGAGCGAACCUGGAACUACGGCCAGUUUGACCAUGGUGUGCUGGAUGCCUGCCUAUACAUCCUGGACCGGCGGGGCAUGCCAUAUGGAGGCCGUGGGGACCCAGUCAGUGUUUCCCGGGUCAUCUCUGCCAUGGUGAACUCCUUGGAUGACAAUGGGGUCCUGAUUGGAAAUUGGUCUGGCGAUUACUCCCGAGGCACCAACCCAUCAGCCUGGGUGGGCAGUGUGGAGAUUUUACUCAGCUACCUACGCACUGGCUACUCUGUCCCCUAUGGCCAGUGCUGGGUCUUCGCUGGUGUGACCACCACAGUGUUGCGCUGCUUGGGCCUGGCCACUCGUACUGUCACCAACUUCAAUUCAGCGCAUGACACAGACACAUCCCUCACCAUGGACAUCUACUUUGAUGAGAACAUGAAACCUCUCGAGCACCUGAACCACGAUUCUGUUUGGAACUUCCAUGUGUGGAACGACUGCUGGAUGAAGAGGCCGGAUCUGCCCUCUGGCUUUGAUGGGUGGCAGGUUGUAGACGCCACACCCCAGGAGACCAGCAGUGGCAUCUUCUGCUGUGGCCCCUGCUCCGUGGAGUCCAUCAAGAAUGGCCUGGUCUACAUGAAAUAUGACACGCCCUUCAUUUUUGCCGAGGUGAACAGUGACAAGGUUUACUGGCAGCGGCAAGAUGACGGUAGCUUCAAGAUUGUAUACGUGGAGGAGAAGGCCAUUGGCACGCUCAUUAUCACAAAGGCCAUUGGCUCCAACAUGCGGGACAAUGUCACCAACAUCUAUAAGCACCCAGAAGGCUCAGAAGCAGAACGGAAGGCAGUGGAAACGGCAGCCGCCCACGGCAGCAAACCCAAUGUGUAUGCCACCCGGGACUCAGCUGAGGAUGUGGCGAUACAGGUGGAGGCCCAGGAUGCAGUGAUGGGGCAGGACCUGACUGUCUGUGUGGUGCUGACCAAUCGUGGCAGCAGCCGCCGCACUGUGAAGCUGCACCUCUACCUCUCAGUCACCUUCUAUACUGGCGUCACAGGGUCCGUCUUCAAGGAGAGCAAGAACGAAGUGGUGCUGGCCCCAGGGGCCUCGGACCGUGUGACCAUGCCCGUGGCCUACAAGGAAUAUCAGCCGCACCUCGUGGACCAGGGGUCCAUGCUGCUUAAUGUCUCGGGCCACGUCAAGGAGAACGGGCAAGUGCUGGCCAAGCAGCACACCUUCCGUCUGCGUACCCCAGACCUCUCCCUCACGUUAUUGGGAGCAGCCGUGGUUGGCCAGGAGUGCGAAGUACAGAUUGUCUUCAAGAACCCCCUGCCUGUCACUCUCACCGGCGUCAUCUUCAGGCUCGAGGGCUCCGGGUUACAGAGACCAAAGAUUCUCAACGUUGGCAACAUUGGGGGCAACGAGACAGUGACACUGCGCCAGACGUUCGUGCCUGUGCGACCAGGCCCCCGCCAACUCAUCGCCAGCUUGGACAGCCCACAGCUCUCCCAGGUGCACGGUGUUAUCCAGGUGGAUGUGGCCCCGGCCUCUGGAGGUGGGGGCGUCUUCUCAGAUGCCGGAGACAACAGCCGCUCAGGAGAGACCAUCCCUAUGGCUUCUCGAGGUGGGGCUUAGCCCUGAGCCAAGAGCGAUGGGACUAGGGUCAAAUGAACAAGGACAUUGCCAUAGGACAGGGCCCGCUGCAGUGGGCUCCCCAGGGCCUCAAAAGGGGAGAUUGGGUACCUGGGGACGGAGCCAAUCUUCACUUGCACCGGGUGGCAGAGAUGCUAAUAAACUGUUUUUUAAUGAA